AAUUAUUUCCAGGGUUCCAGUGAGGGGAACUUUUGCUACAGAAGGUCAUUGCAUGGUAAAGAAUUCCUGGUGGUUUCAAAGUUGUCCUUAGUGGGGUUUGAUUCUCCUCCAAAUGCCUGGAGGUGCUCUCCAGAAAGCCUCUUCCCCUCCCUCUCUGCCCAAGAGCCACAAGGGCAGGUGCAGAGAGGCUGCCCUUGCUCUGGCUUCCCUUUCUCUCGCAGGGACCCUUCGGGUCUCUCAGUUGGGGGGCAGCAGAGCUAGGAGGGAGGGAGGGCUGGCAGAGCUAUGGAGGAAAAUUGCCUCUGCCUGCCUGCCCUUCCAGUUAUCCAUCCCCACCCCCCAAAAUGUAGCACUUGGAACCAGGACUGGGAACCGCAAGAAUGGCCAAGAAAGCAGGGAAGCAGAAAGGCCGCCAUCUUGACUGAGACAGAAAUCUUCAUGGAUGGCCACAGAAUUCACCCGAUACUUGUUGGACAUUUAGUCCACCGGAAGGUCCCACCUCAGAUUCUGAGAAAUCCCAGAAUGGUGUUGAAGGACACCAGCCUGGUGGUGGGAUGUUUAAGGUAUCCAAAGCUGCUAAAGGCUUCCUGGAGAAGAGAAUUUCAGCCCAGUGAGAAAAUCAGAAGCCACAAGAGCGGGGAAACGGCGGCCGCCGGAUCGCCUUUCCCGAAGGGCGCCUGCCGCGUCUCUGCCCGCUCAGCGGCCCCUGCAGCCCAAGCGGGGCAGGCGAGGCCGGCGCGGCUUCCGUUCGGAGCUCCUGAACGGUGAGAUGCCCCCAGUCCGCUGGCUUGGAGCUCCGCCAGGUUCCGGGAAGCGGGGGAUGGCGGCCCUCGACCCGCCUCCAGGCGAGCGCCGCAUCCCGCCCCCGCGAGGCCCCUGGAGGGCGGCGAGCUGGCGAGCUUCCGAGCAGUAGCGGGUCCCGCCUACGCUCGCCCCCAGCCGGCCAGAGGACACUGCUCGGUCCGCUCCCGGAGGACUCAGCCCGGGUAGAGGCGCCGCCGGUCCGCUCCCGCCGCCGCAGCUCCCCUCGCCGGCCAUGGCUGAGAACCAGUUGAAGCAAUGCCAGCAGGAGGCUGAGGAGGUGACAGAAAUCAUGGUACACAACUUCACCAAGGUGCUGGACCGCGAGGGCAAGCUUAGCCAGCUGGAUGAGCGGGCUGAUGAGCUUCGUAAACAGAGUUCUACUUUCACCAAGACCACAAAGACACUGGCCCAGAAGAAACGCUGGGAGAAUGUGAGAUUCAAGAUCAUCCUGGUGGCCGUGGUUGUGGGAGUUGUCUUGCUCAUCGUCUCAGCCAUCAUCCUCUACUUCACUCUCUCUGCACCUGGGAACCAGGCGGCUCCAGCACAGACCAGCGCUGGUGGAGACUGAGCUGCUGAUCAUCUUCCCAAGCUUCCAGGGGUGCUGGGCAUCGGGGCUUGGCUAGGACCUGGCAGCGGCCUUGACCCCUUCGUUUCUCAUCAUGGCAAGCAAGCCGAUGGAGAAAGGAAGCAAAGGGCACAGCCCCCUCCAUGUCCACGGCCUCAAUGCCAAGAAAGACUCUGGAGGUCUCUCUUCCUCGGCUUGGAGAUCGACGUGGGCGCCGUGCAGGGCGGCGACUGGGAUCACCGGCUGCCCCCGCCCGCCGCCAGGAGCGCCGUGGAGGGGCUGCCCGAGGUGCGGGUCGACGCCCCGCAAGCAG